AUGAUUACUGCCAAGAACCUCUCCAAGAUGAUCCACCAGUGGCACAAGCUCGCUGCUACACGCCGCAGGAGAGUCUUGCACCCAAGAAACGGCGACGUCUGCUGUGUUGCGCCAUCGUCAUACAUGGACAAGGGCCACUUUGCAGUCUACACUGCUGACCAGAGGCGCUUUGUGGUUCCAUUGGCCUAUCUCAAUGACCCUGUGUUCCGGCAUCUGCUUGAGAUGUCUGAAGAGGAGUACGGCCUGCCCUGUAACGGCCCUAUUGUGUUACCUUGUGAUUCGGUCUUCAUGGACUACACCAUCUGCCUCAUCCGCAAAGGCCGCGCUGGAGAUUUGCUUGAGUCCCUUGCCAGAAGCCGCUGCUCAUCAUCGUGCUUGCAUCAAUCACAGCAUAACCACCACAUGCUCAUUCAUUGAUUGCCUGCAUACUUCAUUUAUGUUUCUUCUGAAUUUAGCCAAUAUAAACUGAAUACUCAACGAGCAAUGGCUUCGCCUUUGCAGUUCAAGUAUAUCUAUCAGCUUCAAUGUGUAAAUCCAGAAAUCUACAGGCCAAGAAUUUCAUGUUUGACUGAAAAAAAUUAGAUGAUGUUUUCUGAAUCUUCAAGGAGACAACCAGCUUGAUCUAAUGUACAGUGAGUUUCUAUGUUUUCUGCCAAAAAUAAAGAAAAAAAUCAUGAGUUCCUCUAUUUUGUGGUGAGCAGUGAAGUGAGCCUGACAGUCAACCUAAUCAGGCCCCUUCUGCUAUCAAAACAAUAACAUAAUGAAAUGAGUCAUCCUUCAAGCACACCAUAUAUACAAAGGUGA